AUGGAGCAAAGCUCAGCAUUAACAGGAAACUUGGAACCAGAUCCAGCCGGACUUCAAGCUGGCCGUUAUGAUGCCAUCAAGGUACCUGAAUCGUGGGCACCCUGUAGCUUCUCUGUUAUAGCGGGUUUGUGCGGGGAUUCCCGCUCCGAAUAUGAGGAUGAGAUGAGUAAUCGUGCGCUUGCUCAUACCAUGGUGACGAUUCGAUCCAAUAGAUAG